UCUUGCAAAUCUCACCUGUGAAGGAUCGUAGAAAGCCGCGACCGCGACGUACCUGUCCAUUCGAUUCCGAGGUUGCGUGUUUGGCUUGAUAUCGACGUCAGUUUUUCAAAAUAUUUUUUGUUGACUUGUUAUUGUUUUUGUAGUGACAGUUCUGUCUGCAGUGUUAUAUGGAUUGUUUAUAGAUUAUAUAAAAACUAGUGGGUUUCUCUUCUCAGCGCCUAUCGGUAUCUCCGGCUUAAAAUCGCGAGUGCUGUUUGGACAUUGUACUUUUACAUCUUUAAGAGGAGUAUACAUUGAAAUUACAUCGUUUUAAUAAAGGAUGAAUACUCGUUAGAGCUGGGAUGCCUGAUGUGAGCCGCUCGGAUUCUCAACGAUCGGAUGCCUCGCAAAAACCACGUGUUUCCUUCAAUAGAGACGUACACGUAAAGCGGAUCGUGCCCCGGGGUAAUUCGCCGGUAGGUGCGUUGAGUGGUGAUGGUAUACGAAGUCCCUUGAUUGCAUCCCCCGUUAGAAAAGAACGACUGAAAAAAUCGAAAAAACAACUCUCCGAAGAAGCUAAGCGUGUUCUUAAUCAAGCCGAUCGUCUAGGUUGCGUCACUUCACAGAACGGUGUCUCUCCAGAAAGAUUUUAUACUUUACCUCAUCGAAAAAAGAAAAAAGAAUACUUCUCAGGAUCGCUUGAACGUAGAGUCAAACGAAAUAAUUCUUUAGAACAUUUACCACCUAAAAAACCACCGCGUACUUUCGCUUCAACAAACGCACAAAAAUCCUCCAUAUUUGAUAUAUUUAAAAAAGAUAAAACAGCAUCUUUAAAAAAAUCAAAUUUACGACGCAGCGCUAGUGAUGCUUCUAAUUACAGUUCAAAAGUUGAUCAAAAAUUCCGAUCAAGAUCAGGAAGUGAUAGUGAGGAAUUUGUAAAGCGAAGAAACCAGAAAAAACAACUCUCACCCAUUAUAGAAGUAACACAAAGGGAAGAUUACUUUUCAGCGCCAGAAUUUGAUCAUAACGAUAAAAAUAAAGAAAACAUCGAACCUACAUCUUUCGUGAGAAAGAAGCAGAAAGAUAGUAUAACAGCGCAGUUAAAAAAAUUUAUCGACGAAGUAGACGAAGAGCUUUACAAAGAAACAGGCAUAAGACCACCACUUCCUGAAGAGAAAAAACCCCCUCAACCUAUAAUAAUCGAUGUUGAUACAGCUGAACAAAUCUCAACUAAAGCUAAAAAAUUUAAAAACUCCCUUUUAGGCAGGAAGUUAAAAUUCAUAACUCACAAAAAGAAAAAUACAAAUGAAGCUAACAAAAAUAAAAAAUCUAAAAACAAAGCUAAAGAAAUCCCACCCCCUGGUAAAGAAGAUCACAUAGAUAACCCAGAACAAGUGGAUUCAAUUGCUGGACCUAAAAUUAAGGAAACUAUUGAACACUUGUCGCAACCGAAAAACCCGCCCAAAAUGAUUCAUAGCAGCCAAAUGCCGGCAGAAAAACUGCCUUUAACAAAGGGUCGAAUGGUUAAUAAUAUGGUAAAGAGGUUGAGCUAUGAAUCAACAUCGCCUCCUCCUUUGAAGACGCAAGUAAUGAUAACACCGCAUAUAUCUGUACAACACAAUAACAACCAACCAUUUUCUUAUACAAGAGGUUUGAGCCCUGAGAAAUAUAUGUCAAACGAAUCAUCUCCUACCCCCGGUAGCCCUAUUAUAUACGCUCAAGUUGUAUGUGGAGCAAAUGGUAACACUUCCUCAAAACAAACUGUCCAUACCGCCUACAACACGAGUAAAAAACAUUCGCAAUCAGAUUCCGACGAAGGUUUAGGAGGGGAAGAACAUUUAGGAUUCAAAUCUGUAACACAUUUUCAAAACGGUAUCGACGAAGUUGAUAAAUUUGAUGAAGAAAGUCCUAUUACUCCAAAAUUUAGAAACCAAAGUCACCACAAUGGUUACAGCAGUUAUGAGAGAAAAGAACGUUCACAUACUAGAUACGUAGAUUCUUCAGCAAGAGGUCGAGGCGAUGGCAUGGACUGUAAACGAAGAGAAAGUCUUACAGAACCACACGAAAAUAAUUUAUUUAACGGAAGAACUGAUUUGUCUGCUAGAAGGGACCAAUUGGAAUCUAGGAUAAAUCGUAGAGUAAACGAUAAUUCUUUACGAACAUCCCCUGAGUAUUUAAAAAACUCUUACCCCACAAACGUAUACGUAUCUGAAUCUACCUCUAAGUAUUACAAAAAUCGAUCCUCUAGUCCAGACAAAUCAGACAAAUACGGACAAUCUCAAUCUAAAGAAUCAAGAUCAAUGCAAUAUUUUGGAGAAUACAACGACCAACUAGACUACGAAAACAGGCUGAAAACCAACGGAUUCGACAGCGAACCCAAAAGCUUCGACUCUCAUAUCAGCUCGUCUCCAGAAUACAGAUACGAAACUAGUCACGGUUACACGCGGGAUGAAAAUUCAACAUUCCACAAAUCAACGCCGGAUAUUUACUACAGAUCUCAACAAGAUUCCCUCAAAAGAGAAAACGUUGAAAGGAGAACAGCCUCGUCGAAUUACAGAUCAGAUUAUCUAGAAGAAAACGAUAGAAGAGAACGAUUCGUAGACUCCGGAAUCGAGAACGAUUUCAAAAGAGAUUCUGGUGAUAAUUUCAGAUCGCGACCGAAACAUAGAAGGGAUUACAACGACAGUGAAGAUGAAGGAUUUGCCAGUUCGCUACUAAUUGCUAGCGAACGACAGCAUACGGAAGACAAUGUGAAUCAUCGAAGAAGAUGUGACUACGAUUCUGAUCGCGCUGUUUCGAGGGAAGAUGAUCCGUAUAGACACGUUGAAAGUUUGGAUUAUAAGGAGAAGUUUAGAUCCAAAGAUUAUGCACCGCGAGAGAGAAGUAUCGAUGAUGGAUCUCAUUACGAUCCUAGAAUCGAUAAAGAUGUUGAGGUGUAUACGCUUAGGAGAAGUGAGAAGAAGCCGCCAAAGCCUGAAAAGAAAAGCAGUCUUGAAAAGGUUAAAUCACUGUUCAUCCGAGAUCCUAAAAAGAAAAAGGAGAAGAAUCAAGCCAAUCACGGUAUGGUAAGGGAAGAAAGCCUAAGAGCACGAUAUAUUGAAUACAAAGGCAGAGAACCUGUGGAACCCAAAUAUAAAAAGCAAGAUGGCAGCAAACAAGCGAAUCUAGAUUAUAAAAAUAGAAGACGUUUGUCCACGCCGAGUCCAAGUCCAACACGCGAAACUCCUCGGAAUGGCAAAAUUGAAUCGACCCACGGCAGUUGGUUCAAGUCUUUGGACAGGUUGUCCAGGAAAAAGUCCAAAAAGGGCGAAAAAGAAGGAAGUUUUACGAGCGGCACCGAAGAAGAACCAAUCACGAAACCCACGAAAAAUCUCCGAUUCUUCGGAGACACCGAUCAAGAAUCGAACGACAGUUUACGCCACAAAACCUCUAACAAAACGCGUACGCAUUUAAAAUCGAAAAGCCAAUCGACCAGAGAGCUCCACAAUAUCUCCGAAGAUUUCAAAUCGCCUAGAAGUUGCUACAAAUCGAUGACCAACGUUUCCGAAUCGGAAAAAGAAAACAAGGGCUCGAGAACUAACUUGAAGCCACCCAUGUCGCCCAAUCGUCGAACGCCCAGCAGGGAAACUUCUCGGCACGAAAAAGAUAGGAGUAGACGGAGGAAAAACGAAGUUAGUUCCGUGGAAAGCUCGACUGAAGGAGAUAGUAGUCAGCAGUCUCAAAGGAGUAUUGUUUAUCUACAUGCAGCCACAGUUGGCGACAUUCCUGGACCUGGAUACAUCAAAUCUGGUCGGAGAGCAGCGUCCAGAGAGGACCUCGCAUCGAAUGGAUCGAGAGUUCAGCAAGUAAAAACCUUGAGCCGUUCAUUUUCCGUCCUGGCUCCAUGGAAGCCGCGUCACUCUCGCGAAGCCUUGGAUAUAGACUAUACACAGCAACCUAGAAAUGGUAAAAACGGAAAAUUCGAGCAAAAGGCCUACAAGAGUUCGUCGAGUCGAAAGGAGAGUUCUUCGACGCUGAAGAAAAAGGCGCAGGAAUCGCGAAAAAACCAGAACGGUUCGACUUUACUGAAGUUAUCCAAAUCUAGAGAAAACCUGGCCUCGCAAACUUUAGGGAGAUCCAAAGAUGAACUUUCCAAAGGUUCUAACUCGACCCUGUAUAAGAAAAAGGAACGACUUCCGAAAGAAAACUCCAGAUAUAAUAGAGACAGGGAAGAAAAGAAAUUGGCUUCUAAAAGCCUUUCGACGGAAUCUCUAGGAGGUCAAGACAGGAGAAACAGAGAUCCAAGGGAGAUAUCCAGAUCGGUUUCUAUGCCGAGAAAUCCAGAUAAAUCUGCAGGAUGGUUUAAAGUCUCCAAAAAAUAACUCGUGCAGAGACUGUGAUUUCGUACGUGUUUUGCGUACUUAAAGUACUAAGGGUCAGUGGCGUAUCGACAAUUAAAAAAAAAUAGAUAUUUAUUAUUUCUUUCAUAUCUAUAUUAAUAAUGUUUUUACUGUUUAAAGAGCCGCAAAAUGGCGUUCAUAAUUUAUAAUAUACCGAAACACAUUGAUAUUUAACAAUUUGAAGGUCGAGAUUUAAAAAAAGUGACACUUAUUCUUUUAAAACAUUAAUAUUUAAAAUAAAGGGUAAAAGUUAGUUAUGAGGGCAGGGUGAUUAUCAAAAUAAAUAAUAGAAUAUUUUCCAUAAUUUGAAAAAUUAUUUGUAAAUAAUCGAUUAAAUAAAAAAUCGAAUAAUCAAUAAGAAUAAUCGAUUAAUCUAAAAUAAUCGAUUAAUUAAAUCUGGUGUAUUAAAUGUUAAUUUUGAUCUCAUCUAGAACUGUCACUCUUUUUUGUACUCUUUUAUUUUCGAAUAGCUUCUCAGCUAAAAUCGUUAACAGUAUUUUAAGUUAAAAUUUGGCACAUUAAUAAAUAAGUAACUGGUUAGUCGGGACAUAAUAAUUCCUUUAAAAAAGGGGGGGAACUUUUUCUUGUACGUAAGCAAAUAAGAUACGCCACUGCAAAAGUGCCAUUAACAUUCCAUAUUAUAAUAUUUUGUUCUCUCACAUAUUUUUACUGGUUAAAUUGUGUCCGAGAUGAACCGUUUGUAAAUUUUUCCGUAUUCAUUGUAGCAUUUGUAGAUGCACGGGUAAUUUUCCAUUCAUUUUAACCUCAUUUGAAUAUUGAAAAAUUAUUAUGCAAGUGCCACUGGACUGAUUCUCUAGCGCUAUAAGUUUAUAAAUAAUUGAAAUAUAAAUAUGACAUUAAUUUUGCUAUGUUGUACAAAUAUUAUUUCUUUUUUAAACUAGAAACUAUUAAACACUUAAUAAAAAAAACACUUUUCCAAAGUUAUUUAACCUUUUCAAUAUUUACCUUUAUUUUCCGAAAGUCCAUCUUUUUUUUUAUUAUUUAUGUUAUUUCAAAAAUGUUUUUAAAAUUAUCCUUUUUAACUUUUAAGUUAUUAAUAGUCCAGUCAAUAAUUUUUCCUGUCUAAAUAAUUCUCAAUUCGACUGGUCUAUUAUAAAUAGCCGAUGUGGUUAAUUAAAAAUUGGUAAAUAUUGAAUAACCAUCCUCAGAGACAGUCUGGUUGCACCGUCAUAAACAGCUUAAGAAAAUAAUUUAUUUUCUUUUUCGUUAUGCAAAAACCUAGUGAAAGAGAAUUUGAAUUUGUUCGUAGUUUUUAGUUCGAUAUUAUUACGUCGUAAAGCGCUCAAAUUUUUUAAUCCAGUGCGAAGGCUUUUCUUGUAACAAACGCCAAUAUUUAUUAAAAAGAAUGAACUGAAAAAUGUUAUUUUUACAAUUUUAAUAAUUGGUUAAUCUUUUGAUUCUCAUUGAAAUUUUUUAAAUGAACGAAACUUUUUCCAUAAAUAUUAUAAAUGUGAAUAAAAAAAGUGGAAUUAAUAAUAAUAUAAAAAUAUAUUCAGGUAUACAUGACGUCCUAAAAUUCCUGUAUAUUUUGAACAGUUAUUCCUAGUCCAAUUGUCAUCAAUGGCACGAAUUCUAUGGUGAUGGACCAAAUCUUUCCGAAUUUCCGAAAAUCUGCAGUUCCUUUUCUGGGUGUACUAUCCCAUGAAGAAUUCUCUCUACGUGGACGACCAGGUCCUCUUUUAAUUACUGGUUUACCCAUAAGCACUAAGGCUUCACCAAUUUUCAUUUUGAAAUUAAGUAAAUCCAAAAUUUCUUUACGAGGGGCCUUCUGUGCUUGCAUACAGGCUUUAUAUUCAAGCCAACUAUUCACGCAAGCCUGAUCAAAUGCGUGAAAAAUCAUUCGCAGUGUCCAUUUCUUGGAUUUUAUAAAGAUAUAAGCUGAUCCAACAAGUCUACGCCACACAUAGAUUUAUUAUAUAAUGCGACGGCCUCUGAUCUCUGAACGUUUAUAAAUGCUUUUUUGGCCUUGUCCCACCUCUUUACCGUAUAGUACCUUUUCCCUCAUAGUUUGAUCUGACCGUGACUGCUUUGUUGUCUUGCCAUUUUACCAGCACUACUGAUCCUACUUCUUCACUAUACCCUCUGACCUUUUUACUGAAUUCUUCAUCUGCGGUAAACGGUGGUCGUUGAGAUCUGUCUAGACGUACAGUACCAAUGGAAUAUAAAUGUCUUCAAACAGUAAAUAACUGGCAAAAUAAAUAUUUAUCCAUCAAAUAUUUUGGUAUUUCUGUCGUUGAUCCUUAAUACAUAAGAAAAUCAUACAGCAUUCCACUUGCCCCACACAAAACGAAAAGUUUAAUCCCCCUUGGACGUAUUGUUUGAAAUCUAACCUUCCACUAAACGGCAGCAUCUGCUCAUCAACACUUAGAAAUGUUUCUUUUUCGAGUUGAAGGCCCAUUUUGUAUUCUCUUAAGAUGAUAGGCACCUCCUAGCUCUUGAGCCAACCACAGAUUUAUUGUAGUUGAAGUCACCAAGAGAUGCUUCUCUUAUAUCGGCCGGUGAUAGCCAAUAGUCGCCGAAAACAAAUCUUCUAAUAAAUGAGGGCGACGGGGAAUCGUAGAGGAUAUGUUCAAUGGUUUCAUCUUUUUGUUCGCACCCCCUGCAGGGUGCUGCAGAUUCUGACAGCCCCAUGAUAUGGAGAUGCUUCCGUACUUUGCAAUGACCAGUUAGAAUGCCUAUGAUAAAAUUCAGUAAGUCAUAUUCAAGUAUUUAUUUGGUGUAGUGCAGUCAGGAUAACUUAAAAGCACCCUGGUAACUCUGCAGUUUUUUGUUUCGUCCUAUCUUUCCUUAAAUUUCACAUGAAAAUAUUCUUUUAAUUAGGUCUAUCACUACCGAUAUUGACAGUCCAAUAGAAGGGCCAGGUCCGAAAAGUAUCUUCUUGGCUAAUAUAUCAGCAAGAAAGCUAUCUUUAAAUGUGGCGUCACCAUCUUAAGGUGACCACAUUAUUGGAUGGAUACUCUUGCCAAAGCUUCGUGACAUUCUAGUACUAGUCCUAAGUAUAUUAUUAUAGUGUUUAUCUACUAUCUGUAUAGAUGAGCAUGUUCCUACCAAUGAUAUUGUUUAUGGUAAUAUCUUUUGCUGCUAUGAGAACCUUCGUGAGCUCGGUUUGAAUUACAUUGGCACUAUUUUGUGUUGAGGUUUAAGGAAUUGGAGUAUAUUUCACUUCUUGAGCAUUAUUUUGUUGCGUCUCGCCUCGCCAGAUCAUGUACAUCGGUUCUAUUUCAAUCGUGUAGAGGCGUGUCAUUGUAAAUAUCAAGGGGAGUGAGACUAAAAACGACUUCCAAGGGUCUGGUUAGUGUGGUUUUGUGGUUACUGUUAUAUUGAGACAUACUGUUAUUUGAAUUUGUUCUAGAGAGUUAUGAUUGACAACGUAUGUUAUUUUUAACAGGUCUGUUAUUUUAUAAACACACAGAAAUAACAAGUUCACAAAUUGUAAUAAUAGUUGUAAUAUACUUUUUAUAUGUUUAUUUAUUAACUUUUGAUUAAGCUCACUUAGGACAACAUUCUCUUAACAUGUGCUCAAUGUGCAACCUGUGCUGGUACUCUGUGUCAUUUUUCUACAAUAGAUUCUUUUGUGGCACUCUGUGUAACAUAGCGGAAAACCAACGAGUACCUAUAUACUUACUUACAGGAUAACUAGUUUCAUAAGAAACCACAUUGCGAUAUUUCCCGUGCGGUUGAUAACGUAUUCAUCACAAAAGAAAGUAAUCGAUUGUAGAAAGCGAUAAGUAGAAUUCUACAUGACACAGAGUUCCAGCCCUGACCUAUGUUUUUGUCGUGUUAGCAACCAGUAAUACAUUUGGUAUUGUUGGUUGCCUACACUAAGUAACAGCUUAUACUACACAAAUAACGUGUCUAUUAAAAAUAACAUUGCUUGUCUGUCAUAACCCUGCUAUUUUGCGAAUAGCUGUCAAUUUUUAGAUUUUCCGUAUCCAGACACCUGCACCGUAUGUUAUCAUAGGUCCAUGAGACAACUCUGGGGAAGAAACGUAAGGUGAGCCCCACUGUUCGGCGGUAUUGUUCAUAAGCAAUGUAUGAUCUUUUGUUUCUGUUUUCUAAAUGUUAAUUUGCUGUCAAAGGUGCUACCUAGGUACUACACCUAUAUUGCAAAGUUUUCUUUUGUGUUUAGGAGCUUUAAUUCAAUUGUUAUCCUUUGCCUUGUAAAAAGGGCCAUUUCUGUCUUCUUGGGAUUGAUAGACCGUGAAUAGUCCUUGCAACACUGUUCCAUAAUUGUUCUUAAAAUUGCCUAUUUGCAGAAUGAUCAGGUCAUCUGCUUUCGCUAUUAUGUAGUGACUGUUAUUAUUGUAUCUACAGUACUUAUUUCGUUAUUAAAAUAAUCUAUUUGACAUAAUGAAUGAACUAAACGACAAACAUUUAUUAAUUUUCAUACAUUUCCCAGUGUAUUAAGUUCCCUGGCUUUGGUACAUACGAAAACUAAUUCAGUUUCACUUCUUGGGUUAUGUAUUCUUUGACAAUACGUUAAAUUCGACACCUAAUGACCAACUGAAUAAUCAGUUUCGACUUCAAAUAAACCAAGAUUGUAUACAUCGAUGGUUAAGAGCACAAAUCGACUUGAAAGUUAUAGGUAAUUAUGACAAGCUGUAUAAUUAUUAUUAGCAUUACUUAACUGAAUGGUAAACCUAUUUAAGUGGACGUACUGUAUUUGGAAACUAUAAAGAUUUCAUCAUGAAGAAUAUAAAAUCCUACCUAUCCCAUUUUCGAAGAAAAUGGACAUAAUAUUUGUGCACUUAACCAUCGACAUAAUGAUAUAGGCAACUUUUAAUUCAUCUACUAGUAGUUACGGUUGCAUACAGUUAUUGUACGUUACAAUGGACACCAGGGGGUCGAUUCUCGACUUGUGUCUUGUAGGAACCUUUUCCUAUAGGAAUUUGUGACACUUUCCUAUAUGUAGGAAAAUGUCAUAAAUUUUCGAUGUAUAGAAAAAUGUCAAAAAUUCCUAUAGGAAAAAAUUCUUACGAGUCGAGAAUCGACCCCCAGGUCUGAAAGGGUUAAUAGGAAUUUUUCAGGACGUCAUGUAUAGUUCAACAUAUUUAUAUUUAUACAAACACAAGACGUUUUAAAUAAUUGUCAAAUGUUUUAUUGUUUCUGUAUACCAUGAAGAUCUGUUGUUACCAUUACCAAGCCGUUACCAAUUGGCCGUUACCAAUUUAAUCGUUUUGAAAAGCAUGCCAUAAAUUUAAAAAAAAAACGUUUGUUACAAGGGAAGCCUUGUUUUGCUCCUAUUAACUCAUUAAUUUAAUUUUAACACCUACCUAUGUAAUAUAAUUAAUCUACCAUUUUAUUUUCCUGAAAUAAAAAAAAAUUGAAUAACAUGGUGCUAUAUUAGUUAUGUAAUGAUUUCCUUGUUGUAAAACAAUGUAAAUAACAUUUUAAAAUUGAUGUAAAUGUUGGUUAAGGUUACAUAAGUUACUCUUUUUGUUACCAAAUUGCUAUGGCUAGCAACAUUUGGAAUUUGUAGAAACUCUUUCGUAUCGACAUACUAAUUUGUUGUAUUAUAAAUAUUACAUCUUGUUCAAUGUACUAAAGGAAAUAAUUAAGUGUAAAAAAAUAAAGCGAAUUUUAAUAUUA